AGAGAGAAACCCCCCUCCCAUGAAUUUCUCUUUUUCCUCCUAGGUCGUGUGAUAGGUAAGUUUCUCUGCUCUGGAGAGAAGGAGGUAGAUCUGGCUGUGCAGAGCGCAAAAGCUGCCUUUAAAAUAUGGAGUCAGAAAUCAGGCAUGGAACGGAGCAGAGUACUGCUGGAGGCGGCCAGGAUUAUCCGGGAACAGAGGGAUGAAAUUGCCAAGAUGGAAACCAUCAACAAUGGGAAAUCCAUCUUUGAAGCCAGAGUGGACAUUGAUAUAUCUUGGCAGUCCCUGGAGUAUUAUGCAGGGCUGGCAGGGUCUCUAGCAGGUCAGCACGUCCAGCUUCCUGGAGGGUCCUUUGCUUACACUAGAAGAGAGCCACUUGGGGUGUGCGUUGGGAUCGGAGCCUGGAACUACCCCUUUCAGAUUGCUUGUUGGAAGUCUGCCCCAGCCUUGGCAUGCGGUAAUGCCAUGGUCUACAAGCCCUCUCCCCUCGCCCCCAUAUCAGUGGUGAUGUUGGCAGAGAUCUUCAGCAAAGCUGGUGUGCCCAAAGGGUUGUUCAAUGUGGUGCAAGGUGGAGCUGCCACCGGCCAGUUUCUGUGCCAUCACCCAGAUGUGGCCAAGGUUUCUUUUACUGGGAGUGUGCCAACAGGCAUCAAGAUCAUGGAGAUGUCAGCCAAAGGAAUCAAACCAGUCACACUGGAGCUGGGGGGCAAAUCCCCCCUCAUCAUCUUCUCUGAUUGUGUCUUGGAGAAUGCCGUGAAAGGAGCUCUCAUGGCCAAUUUCCUCACCCAGGGUGAGGUUUGUUGCAAUGGCACUCGAGUGUUUGUGCAGAGGGAGAUCCUGGACGCCUUCACAAAGGAAGUGGUGAAACGCACACAGAAGAUUAAAAUUGGAGACCCGCUUCUGGAAGACACAAGGAUGGGGGCUCUCAUUAGCCAGCCCCACCUGGAGCGAGUCCAGGGAUUCAUUAAGCAGGCAAAGGAGCAGGGGGCAAAAGUGCUAUGCGGUGGUGAUCUGUAUAUUCCAGAUGAUCCCAAACUGAAGAAUGGAUACUACAUGCAACCCUGUGUUCUAGGGAACUGCAGAGAUGAUAUGACAUGCGUGAAAGAGGAGAUCUUUGGACCUGUAAUGUCCAUCCUACCAUUUGACACUGAGGAGGAAGCUGUAGAGAGAGCCAAUAACACCCCAUUUGGGCUUGCGGGUGGUGUCUUCACCAGGGAUAUCCAGCGGGCUCACAGGGUGGUAGCUGCUCUCCAGGCUGGUAUGUGCUUCAUUAAUAACUACAACAUCAGCCCAGUGGAGCUGCCAUUUGGAGGAUACAAGAUGUCAGGGUUUGGCAGAGAGAAUGGCAAAGCAGCAAUGGAGUAUUACUCGCAGCUGAAAACCGUCUGUGUGGAGAUGGGGGAUGUGGAGUCUGCAUUCUAAUGGCCUCAGGCCUUGCUGGGAUGCAACAGACCCUUCUAGUCUGUCAGCCAGUGACCUGCAGUAGUUUUCACAUGGUAGUAAUAAAAGUACCCUGAAUAU